AUGACCGAACCAGUGCGUCGAGAAUUGCGGAUUACACAUCCUCCGCUAGAGCCCAUAGUUCGCGAUGGAAAGAUUCGCGAACAAAUCGAGCUGGAAAGUAAGGGCCGCCGGGAGUAUUUGAAAAAGUGGGGCUACAUCACGCAACCCGAAACGACCGAGUUCUACGAUCUGAAACGCAACAACCAGAAGCUGCGAGAAAUUCAGCAGGGACGCCAGCAAAAUGUGAAUCUGCGUGAAUACGAUGGACACGGGGAGUCGUUUUUCGUCUCGAAGCAGAUGUUUAAAACGCUGCUCGAUACGUGCCGGUGUGGCCGGAAGCGUACCAACACCCAUGCGCUCAAGUGUUUGCAGAAGCCGAAAAAUACGUACGAAAAGACGGACGACGAGGAGGAGGAUGAGGAGAUAGAGAAGCAGCGCCGACAGAAGCGUGGAAAGGGUGGUUCCGGUGGAAGUCGGCGAGAGCGGACCGAUGAUGCGGACGAGGGUGAGAAGACUGUGAGCAGCUACAUACCGAAGGUGCCGACGUUGAGCUCAGGUAUGUAUGGAUGGCCCCAUAAUCGAUUCGUGGCAAUGGAAAAGACCACGUACUACGUAUCCCCUCGUUAUACUAUGCCUGGCCACCCGAUCGUCGACAGUCAUCCGUACAACAACAUAAUCCUCGGAUAGGUGUGCUCCUCUGCUUGAUGUCCUCGCACGUUCUUCAACGUUCGGGCUUCAGCGCCACAACAACUAAACUAAUCUGA